AAUCCGCGAAAUUGUAUUUCAAAAUAAAAAAUCCCGAAUUCCAAAAAAAGAUGGAAUUCCGAUCGAUCACAGCUCCCGAUCUUCGUCAAUGGCUUCCAUUGCUGGCGAUCCCUUCAAAUCCUUCGUCGAAGACUCGAUACGGGCUUUCAAACACGCCAUUGUUGAUCUUCAAUCCAAUUUCGGCCGCGCCGCCAAGGAUCUGGAGUCCCAUUGGCCUAAUCCAAGAAACGGCGCGAGGUUUCUCCAACCAUUCUCGAAUCAAGAUGAGAUCGUGGCCUCUACUGCUUCCCUUGUUCGAUUCGAUCGUCUGGAGGGCCUUGUGGAUGGGAUUAGAUGGAGGGAAGCUGAUGCUGAUUGUUUUCUCUCACAGAAUGAAGGAAGGUUUAUUUUUGAGAGUGUGAAUGCUGAAGAUGGUGAUGCUACAAUUGAAGAGUUCAACAUUGCAAUGAAGAACUUGAUGAUAUCUUCGAGUGCCAGAGGCGUGGGUGUGCAAUAUGAAGCUGACAGUUCUGUUGCCAACCCUCCGCCUGCCAAAGAAGCCAGUAAUAGUGUCAUGAAAUCUGCUUUGGCAGGAGCCCUUGCAUGUGCAUUUUCUACAGCUGUGAUGCAUCCUGUUGACACAUUGAAGACAUGCGUGCAAGCCUCUACUGCCUCAUUCCCAGAACUUCUAUCAAACAUUCCACAAAUUGGGCUGCAUGGGUUAUACAGAGGUUCCAUCCCUGCAAUUUUUGGACAAUUCUAUAGCCAUGGAUUGCGCACAGGCCUUUUUGAAGCCAGCAGGCUUAUAUUGGGUUGUGUUGCCCCAUCACUUCCUGAGCUUCAGGUUUAUUCUUUGUCAUCCUUUUGUGGCACAAUGCUGGGAACAGCAUCUAGAAUUCCAUGUGAGGUACUGAAGCAACGAUUGCAAGCAGGCAUUUUUAACAAUGUUGGUGAGGCAGUUGUUGGUACCUUACGGCAGGAUGGCAUUAAAGGCUUCUUCCGUGGGACUAAGGCUACACUUAUGCGAGAGGUCCCUUUCUAUGUUGCAGGCACACGACUUUACGAGGAGGCUAAGAAGGUAACCCGAAAUUUACUCGGACGGGAGUUGGAGCCUUGGGAGGCAAUGUUAGUAGGUGCAGUGUCUGGCGGCCUUACAGCUGUUGGUACAACCCCAAUAGACGUGAUGAAGACGAGGAUGAUGAUCGCUCCUCAAGGCCUUUCGCCAUCAAUGUCAUCUAUAGCCAUCACUAUUUUCCAGCAAGAAGGACCUCUUGCUCUUUUCAAAGGAGCUGUUCCCAGGUUCUUCUGGGUUGCUCCUCUCGGCGCCAUAAAUUUCGCCGGCUUUGAACUAAUAAGAAAAGCAAUGGACACAAUUGAGCAAAAAACUGUUAGAUUGUAAUCCCUUCUCAUUCUGUUGUAAUUUCGUUCUAAAUGUAAUUUAUCCAUUUAAAAAAAGAAUCAGUAGAUUGUAUUCUCAAAUUUUUAAUGUUGUUGAUAUUGAAUCAUUGAUCAAAACAUGUACUAUUUCCACAUGGAAAUGACAGUUGUUUGGUUAUCAAUA